AUGAUACCAUCCCUCUCAACCCUUGUGACUCCUUUUGUGAUACCAUCCCUCUCAACCCAUGUGACUCCUUUUGUGACUCCAUCCCUCUCAACCCAUGUGACUCCUUUUGUGAUACCAUCCCUCUCAACCCAUGUGACUCCUUUUGUGAUACCAUCCCUCUCAACCCAUGUGACUUCUUUUGUGAUACCAUCCCUCUCAACCCUUGUGACUCCAUCCCUCUCAACCCAUGUGACUUCUUUUGUGAUACCAUCCCUCUCAACCUAUGUGACUCCUUUUGUGAUACCAUCCCUCUCAACCCAUGUGACUCCUUUUGUGACUCCAUCCCUCUCAACCCAUGUGACUCCUUUUGUGAUACCAUCCCUCUCAACCCAUGUGACUCCUUUUGUGAUACCAUCCCUCUCAACCCAUGUGACUUCUUUUGUGAUACCAUCCCUCUCAACCCUUGUGACUCCAUCCCUCUCAACCCAUGUGACUUCUUUUGUGAUACCAUCCCUCUCAACCUAUGUGACUCCUUUUGUGAUACCAUCCCUCUCAACCCAUGUGACUCCUUUUGUGACUCCAUCCCUCUCAACCCAUGUGACUUCUUUUGUGAUACCAUCCCUCUCAACCCUUGUGACUCCAUCCCUCUCAACCCAUGUGACUUCUUUUGUGAUACCAUCCCUCUCAACCUAUGUGACUCCUUUUGUGAUACCAUCCCUCUCAACCCAUGUGACUCCUUUUGUGACUCCAUCCCUCUCAACCCAUGUGACUCCUUUUGUGAUACCAUCCCUCUCAACCCAUGUGACUUCUUUUGUGAUACCAUCCCUCUCAACCCUUUUGACUCCUUUUGUGAUACCAUCCCUCUCAACCCAUGUGACUCCUUUUGUGAUACCAUCCCUCUCAACCCAUGUGACUCCUUUUGUGACUCCAUCCCUCUCAACCCAUGUGACUCCUUUUGUGAUACCAUCUCUCUCCACCCUUUUGACUUCUUUUGUGAUACCAUCCCUCUCAACCCAUGUGACUUCUUUUGUGAUACCAUCCCUCUCAACCCACGUGACUCCUUUUGUGACUCCAUCCCUCUCAACCCAUGUGACUCCUUUUGUGAUACCAUCCCUCUCCACCCAUGUGACUCCUUUUGUGACUCCAUCCCUCUCAACCCAUGUGACUCCAACCCUUUCAACCCAUGAGACUCUGUCCCUCUCAAUCCAUGCUAAUAUGCAUGGCUAA